AUGGAUACGAUUAAACAUGCGGGAAAAUACAUUUUAGAGAAGACUCGGGCUGUGGAAAAGGGGGUGGAGGAGAGGGUUCAUAAGAAUACGGUAAAAGAUUCCGCAGCUCCAGUUAGCAAGAGGACAUGUGCGGCUUUUGAGGUGGUUGGUGAUAAGAUUGAGAAAAAGGGUCAUGAUGCAAAAGCAGAGUAUCAUAAGCAACUUUUUAAGCAUUGA